CUUUUUGCUAGAUCUGUUGGGACUUGGGAGAAGAGAAAAUUAAUAGAUUACCUAUUUAAAAAUUGCAUUUAUGCAGAUUUGUUUUUUUUUUUUUUCAAAUCUAUGCAAACUGUCUCAAUAAUAAUUUAACUUUCACUAUAUUCACAUGUAUAAUAAUCAAUAAUUUUUAAUUAGAAACUUUUUUAUAGAUGCUACUGCUAGUAUUAUGGUGGAAAUACUUGAAAUUAAAUAUGAGGUACAAGAAACAAAAAAAAUUUUGGAAAGAGUAGAGACGCUUUUAGCCAAUAAAGCAAUUGCCAACAUACCAAAUGAAAACGUAAAUAAAUACAUGGAGAAAAUUCCAUGUAAAACAAAAACUGAUGUUGACAGAUUGGACUCAGAAAUUAGAGUCAAUGAUAAUUUUAAAUAUUUGGUUAAAAUUUUAUACCUAUUAGGAGGAAGCAGCCCUCGUAAGAGUGUAUAUUUGAUGAUGGGCAAAAUAUUGGACAAACCGUUGGCACUGGAGUAUUCUGGACAAGGGAAAAAAAAGAAAAUACCAUUUUGCAAAUUGAAACUUUUUGAAGCAAUAAUUGCUGCUGUCCGCAAACGCCAUUCUUCUGCAAGCGAAGAUACAAUUAAAAAAAGUGUGGCGUUAUUUCUAGCAUCAGCUAAGUCGAGGCUGCCAAAAAAUGAAAAUCAAAGAGAAAUAGAAGAAGACGAAUCAGAAUUGGAAUAAUCCACUAUCAUAAUAAUAAUAUAGAUUAUUAAGCUAUAAUUAUCAGAAUGUGUUUUUGGUUAUCCUUAUUACAAUUUAAUGAUGAAGCAAUAAAU